AUGGCAGACUUGGGGGGCCAGCGUAACCGGAAUUACCGGCCUUAUGGCAACGGCCCUGCCCCGUCCGUGCAACGAGAUGCUGUGUACAAUGAUAUCUUUGGAAGCGCGCCUCCCCCGGGCCGCUCCCAGACAAUGACAUCGCAGACUCCCCAAUUCUCACAGGGUCGCGCUCAUACCAUGUCGUCGCAUGUGGCACACCCUCAAUUCCAAAGACCACCUCCUCAGCCCACACGACAGCCAGUUGCAAAUGGUUACGGACCUCCACCGUCCGCACCGCCCAAUGGAUACCCCCGGCACCACCGUCUGGACAAUAUCAAGCCUAUAACCCAGGGGCGGCGACCAUGUCAUCGCAGCCGCCGCCCGCGCGACAGUACCCAGGGCCGGCGGGACGAUUCCCCGCCUACCCCCGACCCCAACGUCUGGAUUCUAAACCCGUACCCGGAUCCCCGCGAUCUCGGCGGCCGGCCAAUGCCUCCUCCUGCCUUGAAUUCCGAUGCGAACAGAUCACGAUCGAUGGCCAAACUGAGUGGUCCAUCCUACCAGUCUUCCCCUGCCCCGCCGACUCCGUUCAACCACCCGUCGUCUUCCGCUUCCAUCGCUCGUCAACCACCUUACUAUCCCGGUGGUUCAACGAUGACCCAGCUUGGGCGGCCAGUUCCCGAGAGACACCAAAAUGAGCGAGCGAUGUCUAUGACAACAUACGCGUCGGAUGCCAACCAUGCCCACAUUGGGAGCACUGGAAGGUCCAUUCCAGCUCGACGGCCCCCAUCAGGCCAUGAGCAAUCAACACCACCGCAAAGAUUUGACUCUAUGCCAGCCAAUGUUGCCGACGCAUACGCUAGCAGACCUCGCCCUCCCAGCGAUGCUUCGACCCGAUCCCGCACAAUGUCCAUGGCAUCGACUAUUAUCCCGGAUCGAACGAUGACCAUGCAGAGUCAGGCUACACAGGGUUCGAACGGCCAAACCACUCUCGUUUCCAGGGACUCCCACCGUCGAGUUCCCGUGGUCUACCCAGCUCUACUAUCGCGGGUUGCCGAUGUGUUUCGGGAGAAGAUCUCGCUUGGUGAGCGACAGAAGAACGGCUUGUCAUACCAGAACGCUUUCUCAGGCACUGAUGCUGUGGACUUGAUUGCAAAUAUUAUUCGGACGAAUGAUCGAAACUUGGCUCUCCUUCUGGGCCGUGCAUUGGAUGCCCAGAAGUUCUUCCAUGAUGUCACUUACGACCAUCGCCUUCGAGAUGCUCCCGGGGAGGUCUAUCAGUUCAAGGAGACUCUGACCGAAGAUAGGACCAUCGGUACAGAAGUCAAUGGUGUGUUCACCCUCCUGACUGAAUGUUAUUCGCCUACCUGCACCCGAGAUAGCCUCUGCUACUCCAUUGCUUGUCCCCGGCGCUUAGAGCAACAGGCCCGAUUGAAUCUGAAGCCUCAGCCGAUUCUCAGAACUUCGGGGUCUAAGGGCAGCCUACACAUUGAUGAUGACGAUGACAAUGACAACCAAAAGCUGUGGAUCAAUAUGGUUCCGAAGGAAGUUUCUGAGAAUGUCGAUGACCACGAGAAGAAGCGGCAGGAAAUCAUCUUCGAGAUCAUGUACACGGAACGGGAUUUCGUCAAGGAUUUGGAAUACCUACGUGAUUUCUGGAUGCGACCAUUGCGCGCGGCUGGCACUAACACUAAUUCUCCGAUUCCUGAACACAGGCGGGAAAAGUUCAUUCGGACCGUGUUUGGAAAUUGCUUGGAGGUUUUGAAGGUCAACAGCGCCCUUUGCGAAGCUCUGAAUGCCCGUCAAAAGGAGAGCCACGUUGUCAAGACGGUUGGUGAUAUUUUCCUUCAGCACGUACCCCGCUUCGAUCCUUUCAUCAAGUACGGUGCCAACCAGCUCUACGGUAAAUUCGAGUUUGAGAAGGAGAAGGGGUCAAAUCCGGGCUUUGCCAAAUUUGUGGAGGACACCGAGCGUCUCAAGGAGUCCCGAAAGCUUGAACUGAAUGGUUACCUUACCAAGCCCACCACUCGUCUUGCUCGAUACCCAUUGCUUCUCGAGUCUGUACUCAAAAAUACGGCGGAUGAUAAUCCUGACAAGGAGGACAUCCCCAAGGCUGUGAAACUCAUCAAGAGUUUCCUCUCGCGCGUCAAUACUGAGAGUGGCAAGGCAGAGAACCACUUCAACUUGGUGCAGCUGAACAAUCAAUUGAAGUUCAACCCCGGUGAUUACGUGGACUUGAAGCUCACCGAGGAGAACCGCCAGAUGCUCACUAAAAUGGCGUUCAAGAAGACCACCGGAGAAAGCUCGGAGGUAACUGCUUAUCUUUUCGAUCACGCAGUGCUUCUUGUUCGUAUCAAGGUUGUGAACAAGCGAGAAGAGUACCGUGUAUACAAGAAGCCUAUCCCUCUUGAGCUCUUGGUCAUCGCUCAAAUGGACGAGGUCAUUCCUCGCUUGGGAAUUUCCAAACGGCCAUCAUCGAACCUUUUGUCCAACAAAGUCGCUCCUAACCCUCCCCCUACCAAAGACGGACAGCUCCCGAUUACGUUCCGCCAUCUGGGCAAAGGCGGCUACGAGCAGACUCUUUAUGCAACAUCUCCAACCCAGCGACGGAAGUUCAUCGAAAUGGUCGAGGAGCAACAACGAAAGUUGUGGGAACGAAACAGCAACUUCUACAAUAAGACGGUUCUGUCUGAGAACUUUUUCUCUGCCAUCAACCGUGUCAAUUGCUGUGUUCCAGUUGAUGGAGGACGCAAGUUGGUUUACGGAACUGACAGCGGCAUCUACCUGUCAGAACGCUGGCCCAAGGAUAAGAACGCAAAGCCCAGGAAGGUUCUGGAGGCCAGCCAGGUCACCCAGAUUGAUACUUUGGAAGAAUAUCAAUUGCUCCUGGUCUUGGCAAACAAGACCCUCCAGUCUUACCCCUUGGAUGCUCUUGAGAUAGGAGAGGGUCAAAAUACCCUGGCGAAACGCCCGAAGAAGAUUCAAGGUCAUGCAAACUUCUUCAAGGCCGGAAUUGGUCUUGGUCGUCACCUUGUCUGCUCGGUUAAAACAUCCGCACUGUCGAGUACCAUCAAGGUUUACGAGCCGAUGGACAAUUUGGCCAAGGGCAAGAAGAAGUCUGCUGUCAGCAAGAUGUUCCAGAGUGGGCAGGAUACUCUUAAGCCCUUCAAGGAAUACUACAUUCCUGCUGAAUCUUCUUCGAUCCACUUCCUGCGGUCUACUCUGUGUGUUGGCUGUGCUCGUGGCUUUGAGGUCGUCAGUCUUGAAACAACCGAGACACAAUCGCUCUUGGACCAGGCUGAUACAUCACUGGACUUCGUCGCCCGCAAGGAAAACGUCAAGCCCAUCCACAUCGAGCGUAUGAACGGCGAGUUCCUGUUGAACUACAGUGACUUCUCGUUCUUCGUCAACCGCAACGGCUGGCGGGCUCGUCCAGACUGGAGGAUCUCUUGGGAGGGUAAUCCGACCGCCUUUGCAUUGUCCUACCCUUACAUCCUGGCAUUCGAGCCCAACUUUAUCGAAAUUCGCCAUGUUGAGACAAGCGAGCUGAUUCACAUCAUGACCGGCAAGAACAUCCGUAUGCUGCAUUCUUCGACUCGCGAGAUUAUCUACGCUUAUGAGGAUGAGAAUGGCGAGGAUGUGGUUGCCAGCUUGGAUUUCUGGAACAAGCCACAACAGAUUUAG